AUGAGUAGCAGUGAUUCUGAGUCUUCUUACGGACCAAAAGUUAAAAACUUGAAAGAACAACUUCGCAAGUUAAGAAAUGAUAGAAUUCAAGAAUUCAAUACAGCGGAACAGCUUAUAGCAGCAGGUUCUCCAACAACCGUGGAUCUCAAUCGUGAUUAUUUUAAGGCUGCUUAUAAAGCCGAAAAAGCGGUACAUAAUAAUGGCGAUGCUGGUGAAGUGAUAGAUCGUAUCGUAGAAGCAAAAAAAGCUGAAAAAAAAGCUAAUGUUUAUUUUAAUCAUAAAUCUAAAGGUAAUGAAAUGAAGGCCUUAGGUGAUAUAAACAAAACUGCAAAAAAGUUGGCUACAAUAGAUUAUAACAUAUAUUCAACUAAUGAGGAAUUGAGAAAGCAACAGGAACUGCAAUCAAAAAGAUCAAAAACUUAG